GUCUAUGCAUAUGCAACUGGGGGGCAGCGCUGGCUGGGACCACCCCUCACUCACAAGAAGAAGCCGCUCGACAACCUCUUGCGAGCGGUUGGAAAUCUCCAUCGGAUGCAGCCAACCAUAGAGGGAUUGAUUAUCAUCGUACAAGGCCAAGCGGAACUCUCUAGCUAGCUAGCCUAGUCUAGUCUCCAGCGUUUCCUUGCGUGUUCAAGUUCCCGGUAUUUUUUUUUAGUUACCAUUUUGACGACCUAAUUCGUUGUUCACAGCCCUUUCUUGGUUGCAUGUAGGAAAAGGCCACAAGAGUUCAUACUACAUGUAUCUAUCUCUUCUACCAGUAAUAAGAAGGGCUACAAUUCUUCUCUAGAACUGGGCAACAGGAAGCUUCUUUACUAUUGCUUUGUUGAGUACAACAUCUGUAGAAGGGGGGGGGGCGUGAUCUGUCUCGGCUGUAAUCCAAUGCACCCAUUCAUGUGGCCCAGCCUCCUUGUCGGUGCCACAUGCCACAUCCUUCACAGCUGCAAGGGGAGCAACUGACUGGAAGCCAGCAUUGGAAAGGCAUGCAAGGGGAACACCCGCGUUUCCGAAAGCCCACGAGUGACGAUGAUCUCGAGUGACGAGUCGAGUCGUCCAUUGCAAAUGCGAUGCAAGCGCUGCGUGAUGCCACAACACGAUCAAUAGCGCACAUAUAUAGUGACAGUUGCAAGAGAGCUUACAAACAAGCAAGCUGAUCAGAAUGGCGAAUGGAGAAGUCUGUGUUGCUGGGAAAGAGCAUUAUUCAAGGCAUAGCUAACGGUGUACCGGUAGCGGUACAUUACAGGCGCUGCCAGGAACUUACAACAAGCCAAUUUUUAACUCAGAAUCGAAUCUGGGUUUGUUCAUUGACUGCUUCCGGAUCGGAACCGGUCACAAAAUUUAAAUAUAAUCGAGCACAACCACAAAAAGUCAAUCAUCUCGAAUUCUCAUACACAAAGUGUUAGCCAAAAGAGAAACUUCUCUCUCUCUCUCUAUCCCUACCAACUCCACAUAUAUUCACAAUUCUCUACCAGCAUCAGCAUUCACAUCAUUGCAAUGCCAUCCAACAGUUCCUAUUGCACGUUACUGCUGGGUAUCCUGGCGAUUGCCUUGACUGGAUUCUUUGCCAGCUUUGGAAUCUCCUGGCGUUUGGUCAACGUGGGAUAUGCCUGGACUCCGGCUGUGGCAUGGAUCAUGGUGGGAGGAGUCACGUCCACCAGUGCCGUCUUGAAAAUCAAACUACCACUAGAAGAUGCCCAUCAAGGCAACAAUAAUGUCCUCCUGUAUCUGAGCCCCAACCAAGACUUUUCACUGCCACAAGAGUAUCACUUGGGGGAUACAGCCGCCAGUGAACUGGAACAACAGUACGGUCUACAAACACUGCAAGUGUCUAACUUGCAACCACAGACCAAGUACUAUUACAGGAUUCAAGGCAUGGACUCGGAAUAUACAGAACGACUCCAGGGAACAUUUACGACACCCGCAACAGAAGGCACCAGAUUCAACUUUACCAUUGCCGCAUCCUCGUGUGCCAUGACGGGAUCACGGGCAUCGGUAUUUCGAGAAAUUCAAAAAGUCGACCCCUUGCUCUUUUUGCAUGUGGGGGACUUUCAUUAUGCCGAUAUUGACACCAAUGACAUGACCAAACGAAUUGAUGCCAUCAGUCAAGUCAUGGCAUCCGACACCCAGGCGGAUCUGUACCGAAGUACAGCCAUUUCCUACACGUGGGAUGAUCACGAUUGGUUGGGCAACAAUGCGAAUGGAGUCGAAGAGUACGAGGGAGCACGAGACACGGCACUGUUGUCGUAUCAAAUGGCGUUUCCACAUUAUCCAUUGCCGGCAUUGUCGACCAUUGACAAUAACUCCACAACAACUGCACCUGUUGUGCCAAACACCGACGCGCUGUUACCAGCGCCAGUCUAUCACGCCUACACCAUUGGCACGGUCCGAUUCAUCAUUUCGGAUCUCCGGAGCGAAUCCACCAAGGAAGCCAUGUACAGUACGGCACAAGCCGAGUGGCUGCGUCAAGAACUCCGCCAAGCACAUCUCUUUGACUUUGUCAUUUGGGUCACUGCCAAACCAUGGAUUGGACCUCAAGAGGCAGGAGAGGAUAAGUGGUAUGGGUAUCCCGAGGAACGGGCCGACUUAUCGGCAUUCAUCACUGAAACACUGGGAGAGGGGCCACAAAACUUGUUGGCCAUUUCGGGUGAUGCCCACAUGGUGGCCUUUGAUGAUGGGACCAAUACAUACUAUGGCAACAACGAAACAACAACAUCUCGCCGUUCCUUUCCCAUUUUGCAAACUUCCUCCAUGGAUCGUGUGGGCGGAGUCAAGGGGGGUCCCUUUACAGACGGGUGCUACGGCUAUGAAUUCCAAAGAUCAAAUCAAUUCAGUGUGUUACGAUUUGAGUUUGCAGAUGGAGAAGAAGACGACGACAAUGACAAAUGCAUCCACAUUGACACCUACAGGAAGGACCAGUAUGCGAGUGAACGAGAGUUGCUCUUCUCCAAACGACUGUGCAACCAAAUCUUCUCAGAUGCUGUUGUGGCUGAUGAUGAGGCCAAAGUUGGCGUGUGUGAAUUGGAUCAGCUCAGGGAUGUCAAUGACAAUCUUGCUCUCGCCGCCACUCUCAUCCUGUUGGCCACCAUGAUCUUUACCUAUAUUGCGAUCUACUACAAUUUGGAUGGUAACAACUUGGUGGGUUGUUUUUGCAAAUCCUGUGGAACCACCAUCUUCUAUAUUGUCAGCUAUCUGGCCACCGGGAUGGUUGGAUUCGGCACCUUCUUUGCACGAGGUGUGGACCAAGUGGAUGCAACGCCUGUGCUGAUCGUGAUGUUGUGUCAAUCAUGUUUAUGGUUCUUGUAUCUCUUCAUUUGGUGGCUAUGCUGCACACAAAGCCAACAAAGCAAGACGGGACAUCAUGAUCCAGAAGAUGGGGUUGCAGAUCAACAUACCACCAUUGACAUUUUUGGAAAUGAGGGCGCCAACACACAUACAUGAAUGGCGCCAAUGACGAUCAGAUGAAGGGAAACAAUGGGCAUGACCAACACCACGAUUUUGGACAACAGCAACCAAGGGACAGUUUGCUUCAAUAAACCCCCUUGUAGUUCAAGCAAGGGGGUCAGCAUGGUGUUGGAAAACGACAGGAAGGAGUUCGCCUUUGGUCUUCUACUAAAUCCGCUAAGAUCCUUUAGAGCAAAGAUUAGAUUUGGCU